AUGAGAAUGUUCUUGUACUUGUUUUUGUUGUUCAUCUCCACCGUCUCCGACGAGUUGACCUUCGAAUCAGCCUUCAACAACAAGUGUUCGGCUAGCAACGAAGCCAAGAUAAACAACUGCUUACAGGUAAUUCUAUGUGUUUAAACUAACCUUUAUUUGAAGAGUUUUAUUAAAAGUAUAAUUAGUAUACCUUUUAAUCCUAUCGUUAUUUGGGUAUGAAAACAUUUGGCCUAAAGCAAUUUGGACGUAUGUUUUCAGCCAAUCAUUGACUAUGCUAACUCGAUACAAAAGAACUCUGAUCAAGAAGAUACCACGCCGUUCUCGCUCAAAGGUGGAGAAGUGUUUGAAAAACUCUGCAAACUUUACACUGACUUUAAAGUAAGCUUUUAGUUGUAGUCAUCACAUUUCAAAGUAAAUUUAAAACAAUCAUUUUACAUUCAUACAAAGAUACCAAAUAGCCUAAAGUCAUAAAAAAAUUUAAAACCCGUUCAGGACUGUACAGAAACGACACGUUGCCAUUCCAUCUCGAUAGAAGCGGUCGAAGCAUCGUACGGCUACAUGUGUGGAGCAGGUCACGACCUGUUUGAAAAGCACGCUGCCUGUUUCGCUGAAGUCGAGAGUCAGAAAGAGUACAACUUGUGUAGGAAUGCCGCAGGGAAAGCGAUGGACGAUGCAGUUCAAGUAAAGAAGCACAACCUGGACAAGUACUUCCACAAGCUGUGCCAGAUCAUGGACGACUACCUGAGGUGUUGUCGCCCGUUCGUUCUCGAGAAAUGCGGGUCAGAUGCGUGGAGACUGGUUGCUCAAGUAAGUUGUCGAGUUUAUUCUUUUUUUUUAGCUUUACAAUGUAAAAAUAAAGCUUGAGUAAUUGUAACUUUCCUCAAUUUCAGAUAACAAUAGACAGUUUACGCGUCACGAUGCCCAACUGCGACGUAAAUCGGGCUUUAUUGUAA